AUGUCGUUCGCAGAAGUGACGGCUGUGGAUGCAGAGUCGAGUUCUUCCACGUCUUUUCUCUCUCUCUUUGUACACUGCAGUCACACUAGGACCUCUUGUUCAUCAUCUGAGUCUGUAUCUCCUUCCAUUCAUAUCCAGCUCGUAGAUCCACCGACGUUGUACGAAGCUGACGUCGCUUCUUGUCACAAGCCACGGGCACUCGAUUGCUCAGGUGCAGAGUAUCUUGCAGCUGUAGAGUCAGCACUGAUUGCGUCAUCAUGUGAUCAACCAUGUCGCUUUGAAUUCCGAUGGUCGAAGCAAAAAAGGUCGUUGACACUCAUGGAACGUGCAGAGUUUGCCGUGAAAUUCUGUGCUAUUGAAUUUCAAGUAUCCAAAGAUCUUGCAACGUGGCAAGAACUGCUGCAUCAGAUAGCAACGAGACAGAGAGAAGAUUUGAAAUUGAUUGUGGAGAAACAGAGUAAAAUGGAGCAUUGUGAGACGUUGUUGAGACAAAAAGACGUGCUGCUCGAGACAGCAUUGACUGCCAAACAACAGGUAGAGGAUGAGUUGUUUGUGGGUUUUUGUGCUGUAUUGAACGCAAAGAAAAACGAGAUACGGAGACUGCAAUUUGAAGUUCAGAAGGCUCAGGAGAUGCACAAGUUUGAGAUGGAAUCGGCGACGAAGAAACGAAAAGUUGCAGCACCGAAAAGGAACAAGAAAGUGACAGGAGCAAAGUUAAGGAGGAAGGUUGAAAAAGAAGAAGAAGAUGAUGAUGAUGAAGCGAUGAGUGAUGAGUCAAAUGGAAGCCAUGGCAAUGCUAGUGAGGAGGAGGAAGAUGAGCGAGAACGUGCGAAGAAUGACGCGAUCAAAGCGUAUGGCGCUCUUCCGACCAAUUUGCGGUCGAGUUCGGUGCAGAUUAGUUCUGCAGAAGACUUGCUAUCGAGUAUGGAUGAAAUCAUUAAGAAUGAAGAAGAGAAGAAUGAAGCAACACAGAGAGGAGACAGUCGGGAUGGCACAACUAUAAUGGCUGAGCCGGUGGCCAGCAAAUCGCACGUACGGACUGUGGAGCCUUCAACGCCGUGGACGAGAAAAACUGCAGCUUUGAAGGUUGAGCCGACACCUGCACCAAAGCCCGAGUCAAAGAAGCCGUUGCGUGUAGUAUCGCAAGUUGACGAAGCAAUGGAUCCGGAGGAGGAGGACAUCCUCGACAUGUUGUCGUAG